AUGAUCGAUAGAGUGACGUUACAAAUGGAAACAUACGGAACAGCCGCGAAACAUGGUAUUUUGUCAUCAAUUGCACAUGGGGUGAGAAAUGAAAGAUGUAUGAAUUAUUGCGAAAAUGGGAAAAAUAUAAUUAUUAGCUUUAUGUUGAACGCUGCAGUUAAUAAUGAAUCUGUCAGAAGCAUCACACGAGUAUCUCACGUUAUCACUUCUUCAAAAGCGUUACCGAAUCUUCAUUUAUCAAAAGUUAUUCCGUCAUCUGCAACAUGA